CGGAUUUAGAACACGGGAGUUAAGAAGGAGGGGAAGCUGAUUGGCAGAGGUGCAUGUUGUCUGUUCUGCUCAAUGGACAGUCUCCUCUAUGCGAGCCUGUGGAUGACGGAAAUCGGCUUGGGAAGAGGCGGCUAGCCAAAGCCCUAAACAGAGCCCACCCUGGAGGAUCUUCAGGAGUCUUCGGGCGACCCGUGUCUCCAAGAUCGACAGCGGUUGCCAGGUCUAACCACCUCCAGCCAGGGAGUGGAGAGACCCCAGCAUCAUGGGCACUCCAGCCUCCAUUGUCUGUGACAUGCCCCUGCAUCAGACCCCCAAGUCCUGCGUGCGUAAGAGAGCAUCUGCCAACAUCUUUCAAGGGGUGGGGUUGCUGCAGCUGCACCGUCUCUUCCACAGCAGCGGGGAUGCACAAGCAGAGGAGCGGGCUCAGCUGGUCUGGGACUGUGCAGGGAACCAGUGCAUUGCUCAAGCCUUGCAACAGCUCCACAGAAAGCAGAGAAGACGGAGGCUGCACUCUAACUUGAGGCCCCCUUCAGAAAGCAGUGGCCCCAAACUCCUAGAGCUACAGCACUUCAGCGGCCUACGGAUUGAAGAUUGUGCUACAUCUUGUGCUGAUACUGAUGGUGGGGGCAGCAGCAGCAAGAAGAGAGAGGCAGCUGGUCCAACGUGCCAGUACCCGUCGUCCCACUGCAGACAGAAGAAAUGGGGCAAGGGCCCUGCAGGCUACCUGCACCAGCUCCAUCGCUAAGCAACUGAAACUGUCUCCAGCCAAUAGUUGUGGUUAAAUGUCACCAUACAGGGCAGUGAGACUGAGGGGGCCCUACUGGCACCCACACAUCCAGCCCUGCUAUUUAUUAUGCACCUGUCCAAAUCUUUGCACAAAUGUAGUUCUGGCUGAAAUUGGCACUACUUUUUCAACCGUGUGGGACUUGUUCUGGUUGCUCAGAUUUGACCACAUCUUGCUACAUCAAAGCACAAACACUAAACAUACUGAAUGUACUUAGUCAUAUUUAAUAAAAGCUUGUGUGUACUCUG